UCUAGACACAAUUUGUGUCGUGCAAAGAAUAGAACAGGACAGAGACGCUGUCGAUCCCAGAAUUGAAGGAAGACAAUUUCAGAGGUCAGUCAAGUGUUACUGAAGAUAAAGAUAAAGAAACGAAGGAACGAUGAAGAGGAAAAGACAAAAGAAAAGUGAUAGAAUUAGUGAACUGCCUGACCAUGUCCUUCUGCAUAUAAUUGAAUUUAUGAAUAUAAAGCAAUCUGUUCAGACUUGUGUUUUGUCUAAACGAUGGAAGAGCCUUUGGAAAAGUCUCGCUAAUCUCACGUUGCAUCACUCCGAGAAGCAGAAGAGUUAUAUCUGCAAAUGGUUUGUAUCCCAACUUUUGGCUAGGCGUGACAACUCUCUUCCUCUUCAUAGCUUAAGUUAUGAGUAUGAUAAUGCCGCAGAUUGCAACAAAACCACACUCUUAGAGGUCAUGGAAUAUGCUGCGUCACAUAAUGUGCAACAACUCACGGUCAUUGUUAAGUUAUGGACAAUAAAAGAUCUUGAAUUUCCCCCUUCCAUUUUUAAUUCUCAUUCUUUGACAUUUCUUAAGCUUGACUUUUAUUAUCCAUCUGCAUAUGGCUGUGGUAAGAUGUUUCCAAAAUCUUUGAACUUGCCGGCAUUGAAAACCUUGUAUCUUAGUGGUCUUACUUUCACUACAAGUAACAAUGGCUGUGUUGAGCCCUUUUCAACAUGUAACAUGUUGAGUACUUUGGUCAUUGUGGAGUGGUAUUUACAGGAUGAUGCACAUACCCUUUCCGUGUCAAAUUCUAACGUUUCUAGUCUGACCAUAGGUAGUGCCCACUUGUGUAAACAAGCUGGCAAUUUCAAAGUUGUGCUUUGUACUCCAAAACUUACGUCUCUCACUAUCAUUCGCCAUCCUAUUUUCUCAGCCCCCUCUGCAUGCAAUUUACCUUUUCUUGAAGAAGUGAAUAUUAAUUACUCUCAGUUUAAUUAUCGGAAUGAUCAUUUAAUCCCAGUUAGUUGGUUGCAAUUGCUGGCUAAUGUCAAAAUAUUGACUCUCGGAUUCACAACCCUUGCGAAGAUGCUUAUGGUUCUAAGAAAUAAUGAUUCAAUGAGAAAUCAGCUUCCUUGCUUUGUUAGAUUGAAGUCAUUCAAACUGGAUGUGAGCGAUGUAACAAUAUCUAACGAGAGGAUAAUAGAAAUGGUAGCAUAUCUACUUCAAGACUCUCCACCACUUGUUGCAAUUGACAUCAUUCGGAAUGCAGACUUAAUAACUUUUAGGUUUGAAGCAGCAAAUAUGAUGGAUAGAGCAAUACAUCUUGAGGACAAUGGCGGUGGUGGCAGUCAUGUCGACUACAACUAGCUAUCUCUUUAGCGUACAUUACAAUGUUUAAGCAAUCAAAACAUUGUGCUCAAUAUGUUAAAUAAGUUAAAUUUGUUUAUGGUCAAUAAGCUCAGCAAAUAUGAAAUUAUGUUCAAUAUAUAAGUAGGAAAUUUAGUGUAUGUUUGGUAAACUUGAAAACAACGGUAGGAACUAGGAACACACCACACGGUGGCAUGUAAAGUAGAGUUAAGUAAACACGAGUCUAACUCCACACAUACGUGGAAACAAACA